GCCGCGCCGAGGGUCAAAAAGCUUCGGACGCGACGGAGGGGUGCCUGUUUGGGCUGGGUGGUCGCGAUGGAGGACGACGCGCCGGUGAUUUACGGGCUGGAGUUCCAGGCACGAGCUUUAACACCUCAGACAGCAGAAACAGAUGCAAUAAGAUUUUUGGUUGGAACACAGUCUCUUAGAUAUGAUAAUCAGAUUCACAUCAUAGAUUUUGAUGACGAAAAUAACAUUAUAAACAAAAAUGUUCUCCUUCAUCAAGUGGGUGAAAUUUGGCACAUUAGUACAAGUCCUGCAGAUAAAGGUGUGCUAGCAACAUGCUACAAUAAAACUUCAGACACUAAAGUCAUGACAUGUGCUGCUGUUUGGAGGAUGCCGAAGGAAUUGGAAUCAGGCAGUCAUGAAUCCCCUGAUGAUUCAUCAAGCAACACUCAAACCCUGGAGCUACUCUGUCACCUUGACAACACAGCCCAUGGCAAUAUGGCCUGUGUUAUGUGGGAACCAAUGGGAGAUGGUAAAAAGAUUAUUUCACUGGCUGAUAACAACAUAUUAAUGUGGGAUUUGCAGGAAAGUUCAGCCAAAGCUGUGCUCUCUAGUUCCGCAGCCUUGGAAGGGAAAGGACAAUUAAAAUUUACUUCAGGAAGAUGGAGUCCACACCACAAUUGCACCCAGAUUGCCACGGCCAACGAUACCGCUGUCCGAGGGUGGGAUACACGGAGCAUGAGGCAGAUAUAUUGUAUAGAAAAUGCACAUGGGCAGCUGGUACGAGACCUGGACUUUAAUCCCAAUAAGCAGUACUACCUGGCUAGCUGUGGAGAUGACUGCAAGGUGAAAUUCUGGGACACGAGAAAUGUCACUGAACCAGUGAAGACACUAGAGGAGCAUUCUCACUGGGUCUGGAAUGUCAGAUACAAUCAUUCUCAUGAUCAGCUGAUCCUUACAGGAAGCAGUGAUAGCAGAGUUAUCCUGUCUAAUAUGGUAUCAAUUUCUUCUGAACCAUUUGGCCAUAUGGUAGAUGAUGAUGAACUCAGUGACCAAGAGGACCAGCAUCAGGAAGAGAAGAUCAAAGAGCCCCUUCAGGACAGUGUAAUAGCUACCUAUGAAGAACAUGAAGAUAGCGUAUAUGCAGUUGAAUGGUCCUCAGCAGACCCAUGGCUAUUUGCCUCUUUAAGCUAUGAUGGGAGACUGGUUAUUAACAGGGUUCCGAGAGCCCUUAAAUACCAUAUACUGUUAUAAUUUGUUUGAAUUGUUCUGGAAUUGUUAACUUGAUGUACACUGUACACAACUGGUGGGUAUUGUUAAAGGUUUUUUUCAGGAUCUGGUUUUUUUAAGUAAAAAAGUCAAAAUUUUGUUAGAAAUAUCCAUACUGAUGUAAACUUGUAAUUU